AUGACCCCCAAAUCUCGCCACAUUCUCCUCGCCUCUCUCGCGCUUCUCGCAAUCGCGCAUCCCAUCUCCGCCGCUCGUAUGCCAGUCGGUGGCGGCUGGACCCCGAUCGCGGAUAUAAAUGAUCCGGAGAUUGUCAAAUUGGCGGAAUUCGCGGUGUUUGAUCACAACCAGAAGGCGAAGGAUCACUUGGCUUCGGAUUCCCUCUUGGCUUUGGAUUCCCUCGUGAAGGCAGAAUCGCAGGUGGUGUCUGGUAUCAAUUACAGGCUCGAGAUCACCGCCUCCGGCGGCAGGCCUUUGGGUCACAGCCUCGGCCCCCAAACCUACUCCGCCGUUGUAUGGACCAGGGCUGCGACGAGAGCCAAGCAGCUCGUCUCCUUCGAGCAAAUUAUUAAAGCCUAA